AUGUCUUGUUUGCUUUUUUUUCAAGGUCCUUUUUUGGUUCCUGAAACUUUUAAAAGAUUGAAUGAAACAGAUCAAAAUAGAAGUAUUUUUGUAAACACAACGGCAGAAAUAGAUGAAGUAGUGAGAAUUGAAAGAGACAAUAUCAUCUACUAUUCUUACGGUGUAUUUGCAUUCUGUGUUUUAUUGUUGAUAGCCAUGUUGAUUUAUUUUCCUAAUAAACCACCUUCUCCGCCCAGUCCCUCGGCUUCUACAGAACGAUUAGAUUAUAAAUCCGGAUUAAAACAGCUGAUAAGGAACGGUCAGUUUUGGUUUAUAGCUAUUAUAUAUGGUUUAUCUACAGGAACCCGUGAUUCGUGGAGCUCAAUGAUAGAUGUUAAUUUUAAAGAACAUAAUGUCUCACAGGUUGAAGUUGGCUGGAUUGCGUUUACAUCUGCUAUAGCUGCUGUAGUUGCCACCAUCAUUGUUGCCAGAUUUGCAGAUAAGUUUACAAGACGGUUGAAAAUAUUUUUGAUAUUUCUUUUCUUCUCGACGACUGUAAUGUAUCUUUGGUUGAUCUUAACUCUACUAAAUGUUAUACCUUUCCAUAAAGAUUAUCUAUUUAUAUCUGAUGUUUUAGCCAGUUUAUUAAAUGGAGCAACAUCGCCAUUAUUUUAUGAAUUAUCUUGUGAGAUAACUUAUCCUGUAGCCGAAGGUGUAACGAAUGUCGUCAUUACAACACAGAAUAAUGUUGCAGCUCUGAUUUUCCUAGGAAUAUUCUUUAUACCUGGAAUAGGCACUAUGUGGAUGAAUUGGGCUUUACUAGCAGCAUAUGGCUUGGGUACUGUAGCGUUAUUCUUCCUAACAGAAACUCACCAUAGAUUGGAUGUAGAUGAACAUAAGACUGAAUAACAACAACAAAACAACCACAGCAUCAACAACUUAAAAAAACAAUAACGGUAACAAUAACCUAAUUCACCACAAAAUAACCUAAACAAUCACAACCACAAGAAGAACCACUGAACCACAGCGACAACCUAAACAAAAGAUUUUGCUGCUAUAAGACAUUGACAUUUUUAAU